AUGUGGGUCGUCGACGUCGUCGCAGACAGCAGCAGCGCUGGCUCAACAACGUUUUCGCUCGUGGCUGGCGAGUGGACCGUCGGGCGCACGCACUGCGACUUGACCUUCGCCACCGACGCGUCCGUCUCGCGCACGCACGCGCUGCUCCGCGUCGGGGCGUUGACGGCCGAGCAGUUGGACGACCCCGCGACGCGGCCGCCACUGGAGCUCGUGGACACGAACUCGCGCUUUGGCUCGUUUGUGAACCACGAGCAGUGCUUUGGCACGCGGCAGUUGCAGGCGGGCGACGAGGUCUCGUUCGGGGCCAAGAAGAUCGUGCUGCGCGUGCGCUACCACGUGUUUGUGCUCGUGGCGUCGCGCCUCCAGCGCUCGAAGCGCGCGCAAGUGCACGACGCGUGCCAGUGCCUUGGCAUGCACUUGAUUGCAGGCGCGAGCAAGGACGCAACCCACUGUAUCAUGGAUCAAGGCCGCAUUGUCGCCACGGUCAAGGUGUUAUGGGCUCUCGUGUACAACCAGCCAGUGGUGUGCACGCAGUGGCUCGAUGCCAUUCUGAAUCGCUCGAGCCUGUCUGACCCACUGCCACGCUGUGAAGAGUUCCUGCCUGCUGAUCCAUCCAUGCCGUCGGUGGAGCGCAACUACUUGCCGAAUGCGCUGCGCAAGACGCUCUAUCGGGGGUUGGCAGUGGUCUUUCUAACGCCGCAGUCGAUGCAAGAGCUUAUUCCAGCGAUGGAUGGUGUUGUAGUCACUGCGUACAAGCACGUCGACAGCGACGAGCAUCUGCUGCGUGAGCUGUAUUCGCUGACUUCGAGCAAGCGGCUCCUGCUCGUCGAACCUUUGCAAGGUGCAGGGUCUUCCUGCACGGCAGGGCAGAGUGAUCAGCAAGCUUCGGCUUCCAGCACUUGGCCAUGUCAUAUCGAUAUUGUGGAGCGACGCGUGAGACUGUUUGAGGCAAUGGGAGCAGUGUUCACGAGCGUGCAAGAACUCGCGGCAAGUGUGAUUUUCGUGCAACCGCCCGCGUCAUCGAAUGGCACGACGUUCAAUCACAACCUUGCCAGCUACGCGGGAUCGUCCAUCCAGAGUAUGAGCUCUCCGGAACAUAUGAGCGUGCGAUCUCUAUCAACUGUGGAGCACACGGACAAGAAGGAUGCAUCGAAGCAAGAACAGCAGAGCAAGGAUACUCACAACAAUGCAACGAUGACGAAAGCGUCCAAGCAGCUGGUCAUGUCUCGUGAUGAAGACGCAGAGAUCAAAGGUGACGAUGCAUCUACCGAUCCGCACAUUAACGUCAUGCAGCUUUCAAUGGAAGAGGCCGAAGGACACGUCGGAAAGUCGAGAGCCGUGGAUCUAUCGACAUGGAAGUCCUCGCGCUUGUUACGUCAGCACGGCAAGAGACCCGAACAGCACGACGAUGCUGCCGAGCCAGUCGUGGUGAGUUGCAAGUUGGUCGUAAAGAAGCGAGAGUCCUUUCGACAAAGCAAAGAGGGCGGUAAUGGCUUAGUGAAUUACAAGCGAUUCAAAAAACGGAACGGCGGCGGAUCGAGAGCUUCUCUGCUCCCCCAGCAAACAGUUGUGAGCGUUGUCAACAAUGCUGAUCGUGUAGCUCUCCACGAAAACCUGGAGAUGAUGGAAGAACAAGAGCGAAUUGCCGAGGAGUUGUUUGCCAUGGGAGAAGGGCGAGCCAAAACGAAGCUGUUCCAGACCAGCUGA